UGCUUUGGUUUUUUUGUUAUUGUUUCGGGUUUGUGGAGCAACUGAGCCCGAAGAGGACAGUGCGACUGUACCGCUGGUGUUUUCACCGUGUUUGAUUCCGGAGGCUGGUAGAGAGGCCGUUCACACACAGAGGGAGAGAGAGAGAGAGAGAGAGAGAGAAGUGGCUCAUCAACAAAGGCGCAGAGUAGCCUGCCUUUGUUUUUUGUUACCAUGGAGAAGGAUUGGCAAGUGGAGUUUAGGAACGUGGGCUGCAGUUACUUUCCUCAGAGCAGAGUCGAUUGCCACUACACACUGAGCUCUUGGCACAACUGGGCCAGCAAUGACUGGAUAGGGCUCUUCAAGGUGGGAUGGUCAUCACUGAAGGACUACCACACAUUUGUGUGGGCACUAGCCCCGGCUGACUAUCAAGAGGGCACAGAUGUCAACUGCUGUGUGCAUUUCCAGGCCUCAUACCUUCCCAAGCCCAACUCUCAAGAGUAUGAGUUUGUAUACAUUGAUGCUAAGGGCGAGGUGUGCUCCCGCAGCUCCAAAUUUACAUUCUCUGCACCCAAGCCACUUGAAGAUCUGGUGACCCUUGAAGAGGAGCCCCAUGAAGAGGAAGGAGGCACAGGCAUGCUGCUGGUUAUACCUAGGGCCGAACUGCUGCAGAGUCGGCUGCAGGAAUGUCUGCGAGAGCGGGCCGAGCUGCUGCAGGUGCAGGAGGCAGCAAACAGGCAACUGGAAAAAGAAAAGGACGAGCACAGGAGGACAAGGGAGAACUGGGACAGACGAUGCGCUGAGCUGGAAAGGGAAAUUUCCAGGUUGCAGAGAGAACUGAGGCAGAGUCGAGAGCAGAUCAAGGAGACGGAGAGGAAGCAGAAGGAGGAGCAGGCUCUUGGAGAAUCACUUGCCCAGGAGAAAAGUGCUUUAUUGGAUGCGAGGGAGUCGAGUGAAGAGCGAAUCAAAGAGCUGGAGGAGGACAUCAAAAUCCUCACACAGAGAACGGUGGAAAGAGAGACUGAUGUGGAAAGGAUGAAGGAAAGAGCAAAGAGGUCAGGAGCUCAGAGGAAAGAAGAAGAGAGUGAGAGGAAGAGCCUGCAGACCAAGCUGGAACAGACAGAAGGAGAACUCAGAAGUCUGUCUAAGGAGUUCCAGGGUCUGAGGACCUCACUGGCCCAGAGAGACACCAGUGUCCUUCAGCUCCAAAACACUAUCACCACUCUCACACAGAAACUCACCACUGCACACAGGAAAGAGGCUGCGAACGAGGCAGUACUGAAGGAGAUGCGGAGCCUGCGGGAGCGUCUGAACGCCAGUGAGCGCGCCACAGAGGGCUUGAAGAGCGAUCUGAGCGCCAUGGUAGCCAACAGGGAUCACGGGCAGACUGAAGUGCAUCAGGCUCGUCUGCAGGCCGCACAACUCACCCUUCAGCUGGCAGAUUCCAGUCUUGCGUUAAGAGAGGGAAGAGCCCACUGGGCUCAGGAGAGGCAGAGUCUGCUGCGCACAGCUGAGAAGGAUCACGAGCAGCUGGAGAAAUUCAAUUCAGAGUUGCAAAGGAUGGAGGAGACGCUGCAGGAGGAGAGGAUGGAGAGAGUGAAGCUGGAGGUGGAGCUCGGAAGAGAAAAGGAUUGCAACCGGGUUCAGCUGAGUGAAACCCGCAGGGAGCUCCAGGAGCUAAAGGCCAGCCUGAGGGUCUCCCAAAAAGAGAAGGAGCAGCUACUUGGAGAGAAGCAGGAGUUGAUGGAGUACAUCUGUCAGCUGGAGCAGAGGAUGGGAACAGUGUCCGGUGCCAAGUGGAGCGCUGCCCUGAUCGCCUCUACAGGGCGGCCCGACAGUGUGUUAUCUGACUCCGAGGACGAAAACCCAGAGGCCCUGCAGCCCCUCCGUCCACCGAGACCUCUUGGACACUACAGCCUGUGUGAGCAGGGCCAGCCCGACUCCUUGCUCCUCGCCACCCCUCCUCCCUCCCCUCGGGAGAUGGAGAGGAGCGCGGUGGUCAUCAACCAGCCGGCUCCUCUCUCCUCACCACACCAGGCCAAUGCUGACACUCUGACGCACAGCUCGGAUUCGGAGGAGGAAUCCGAUCCACUUCAGUGUGGCACACACAGCUCUGGAGAGGAAACGGCACUUCUUCUGCCUGAGCACUCCGACACCGUCCUCAGUGAUCUGGCCGACACCUCGCUAUGGUAACCAGUGGACAGUCCGGCCAUAGCCACGACGAGUGACCCAAGCAGCAGAGGGGAGUGAGCGUGGUUCCACAUAACGUCCACAUUACUCCCAUUUACAAGCACAUAUACAGCUCGCUCACCACACAGACAAAAUAUUAAUAUGCAAUUUACAUCGUAUCUGCCGUGAACCCAGUUUUUUUCCCCCUGCUUGGCUGUUGUGUUAUCGCCCUUACUGUUUUGUUGUUAGGAAUGACAUAAUGCAUGUGGUGGUGGGUCAACACCGUGUUUAUGACUGACAUAAGACUGUUGCGUAGUUUGAAACGACGGGCUUUUAGGCGCGGGCUCUGGCGUUUGAGAGUUUGCAGGCUGUAGCAGAAUGAUUUCUGUUGAAUCAUUGCUAUGUCGAGAGCUUUACGAUGGAUGUUAUGUCGUUUUUAUGACAUUUGUGAUUAGGAGUCAUGACAGGCACUGUAAUUAUGUUUUGUGCAGGCCCGGCUCCGCUGAAAAUCAUGGCAAAACUCUCCUCCAGCAUUAAAUUCUCCGCAGCAGCUUUGAACACUAUUCACGGCGGCAUAAAGUAAUGAUACAGCAUCAUGCUAAAAUUAUAUUGCAGUAAUGUAGGUCUAUGACAUCAUAUUUCUCCUCCAUUUACUCAGAACUAAGAUUUGAUAUGCACUUUCUUGUACGCAUUAGCAGUUAAUUGUCAUGCAGUUGCAGUUCAGGAGAUUUAGUGAUGCGGGGGUGCUCUAAAACGGACAGGCGUUCGGAGUGGAGAGCCCCGGGAACAGAUUGUGUUUAAAGUCGAGAUAGAUGCAACUUUCUACUUCAGCGACUUCAUAUCUUCAUAUUAUAAAAUUAACGCUCAUACGCUUUCUCGCUGUAGAUCAGCCGCAGUUUUUACUUGUUAAUUAAUGACCCUGGAUUUUACAUUUUCCUAAUUAUUCAAAUGAAAUGUUAAUUUGCUCGCUGGUCAUUUUGGAUAUUUAGCAUCAGUCUUUAUUACUUUAAUAUAUUGUACAGAAAUCUUUACUUCACAGUCGUGCGGUUCUAAAUUGUACCUAAAAUAAUGAAAUAAAGAGUCAAAGAAAAAUCUUUAUAGAUCCCGACUUCAUGACACGGUGUUGGUAUUUUCCCCUUAGGCCUGCGACGAUAUACUGCCUAAUAAAAAUCGCUGACUACCUUUUAAUCAAUAGCGUAUGCAUUUUUCAUGAUUUUUCUAUUUAUAAUUAACUUGAGUUAUGCUGCAAUUAAACUAUAUUCAGGUUUGAGUUUAAAAUAGCUGUUUUCACACAACUGUUUGUGCAACGUGUGACAACAUUACAUGCUUGGCUGAGGAUAUUUGCUAUAGACACUUUGAUGCUUGAUUCUAUCUGCUGCAUUUGCACCCUAUUUUUACUAUGGAAGAGUUUUUAGAUGAAAAGGUGAUAUAUGGAUACUAUAUUUCAGUUGUUUUGGUUUUAUCAUUACCACCGUGUGUUGUGUUUACGCAUAUUUAAUCAAAUUUUUUAUUCUCUGCUUUCAAAUACUUAUUUUGAGACUUUUAAAGAUUUAAUAGUUGAGUUAUGUCGUCGUAAGAUAUUGGUGCUAAUGAAGGAGAGUGAUAUCUGAGUGUUGGGUUGAAGGAAGAAGUGCAUUUUAAUAAAAAGCUUUAGCAGGAAGAGGGUUGUUUAUGUCGGGUAAAUGUGUCCAACGUCUCCUUUGUACCUUGUCUUACUUCCUGGUGUUGCAGUACAUGUUGAUUCUCCACAUAUAAAGUAUUUUGAGGAGUCUGGUAUUGUUUCCCAGAAAAAUAGCACACUACAUGUAUUCUCCAUAGUGUUCAUUUGUGCUUGUAAUCUGACUUUAUGUCUUAGGGAAGUUCUUUUUUUGUUGCUGUUCCGCCGAGAGCUCCAAUACAAGUGCUCCUCGUCAGGACACUGUCUCGCGUUGCAAUAAAAGCUCUGGUGGUCAUGGUUUGAUUUGAAUUUUUGCACGUGAGGGCGAUCCCACAUGUACGCCACCGUGCAUUUUCUUAUCAGUCGUGUAACAGGGUUUGGUUGGGUUCUCGUAUAAUAAAAUGG